AUGACUGCUGCCAAGAAAUUGUCCUACAGCUUGGAGCCAGAAGUACUACGCAAGUAUUGGAGCAGGAUCUUGCUUGACAGCACAAGGAUUCUGGAGUUGCCGGCAUUUAUUCACAUGCACGGCGACAUUGUCGCUCAAUUAAUCAAACUCGAUGAGUUCGAAGCGAAUGAAGACCGACUGUGGGAACGCUUGGUGGAAUGGUCCCGGAAAGCUGUGCGCGAUGCAGAGAUACUUGGGCCGUUUGCCGAUGCCACCGGCGAGACAGUGAAGCGUAGCAAGUCUGAGGAUGAUAGCAGUGGCUUAGGCGCUCAUGAGCUUGCGCAGCAAGAAGCGAUUCUGAGCGCAAUGUCGAAGGACAUUCGCUUCGGGGCAAUGAACAAAGAGUUCUUCUUUCAUAAGGCUAGAGCAUUUUUGAGUCGUGAAAAGAGCGAUGAAAUCAUGGAGUAUUUCUUGUUGGGCAACAAACCUGAGCAGCUUCAAGUCGCCAAACGAGCUGGUCUUGUGCCCAAGCACAACUUGACAGUCGAAACCAUUCAUGAGAUAACCUGCGCGACUGAUGAUCCCACAAGUCCUAGGGAAAAUAGUCAAUUGGCAGCGUUGGCAAGAGGCGACACUGGGCUUUGGUGUCCUACCUGGUCAGCUGUCAGACAGCUGGAUGUGCUGGAUGUCCUCAUGGGCCGGGAAGUAUGCAUUGGAGAAAUUGUUCUCACGUGGGAGGAAAGUCGAGCCAUUCCGCGCUUGAUAAUACUUGAGACUUACGCAGACGGGAAGUGGCAUUCGAUGGAUUGCGAAAUCAGCGUAUCAUCAGAUAAUGGCUGUAGGACAACCACACAUACGCCUGCUGUGCUGUCUCUUGCGACUUGCAUGAAGUUUCGUUUAAUAUUCCUCCCCUGCAGAGUGGAAGUUGCAAGUGUGAGACAGAUUGCCGUUCUGUGCAAGCAGACCAUUCAGCAAUGUGCAAACCAAGUGGCGGAGAAUAUGCUCAGAGCUGAUUUGUCGCAGCUUUUUGUGAGAUCCUUAGCAGACGCGACGCCUGGAGCAGGAGGCACUUUGGGGAGAUGCCUGCAGCGGAGACGAUUGCAGCACGGAGAACUGAGUGACCGCGUGACCGGUGCCAUGACUGCGUGUGUUUGCGUGGAAGGAGAUUCGAUCGCCGAGCUUCAAGACCACAUGAACACGACAGGACACUCGGAACAUCGGAAUCCAGAGCAAAUGGCUCGGACCACGGAGCCAUUGGGAGUCCCAUACAAAGACGCAUUGAAAGCAGACAAACUGGGCAGAGAAGCGGAUUUCCUAGCGGUGGCCGAAGGGGAAGUGGAACAUGCUGAUGUCAUGGCAGCGUUUCUGCAAUGGGAUCAGAACGGCGAUGGGGUGAUCGAUAAAGAUGAGCUGCUGUCGGUCUUCACUGAUCUGGGCCUUCAGAUCGGCGAGAAGGAGCUGAAAUCCAUGUUCGCUUCAGCUGAUAUCAGUCAUGAUAAGACGAUCGACUACUCGGAGUUUCUGCAGUGGAUCUUCAAGUCAGCUCACUGGCAGAUCCGGAACCAAUUCCUCCAGACGGGCGUCUCAUGGCACGGGAUCCACAAGGGUCGCAACGCCGUGAUCCAGGAGGAUCGCCUCACGGUGAAGCGGCAACGCAGCAGCCAGGAACGCGCGGAGUUCCCGCAUGGACAUGCCAUUGUGGUGUCCACGGGAUGCGCUCGGGAGUUCAGGUUCCUGUUGGUGGACAAUGAUGGGGUCUACAAAGGGGGCUUUGAGGCUGGCUUCAGCAGCAUGCCACCAGAUGAGCUACCUGACCCGCUACCAGAGUGUGCUAAAGAGCUCUCCUGCGCAUAUGUGUCGAGCCCGACGGGACAUUUGGUGGUGCUGGGCGAAGAGUCGGAAGUUCCUCCGUGGAAGCAUCACUUGGUAGCGAGUGGGACCGUGGUGGAGUUGAAAUGCAAGGAGGGAAGCUUUCAAGUGCUCCUGGAUGGGAAGAUCGUAGCCAACUGGCCCUUAGCGGUGCCCGAUGAGAUGGACUUGUAUCCGCUCGUGUCCGUCUAUGGCACCACCUGCGCGAUCAAAUUGCUGCCAGCGGAGGGCACACCCUCCACUGGCUCCAAGGCAGAGUCCAACUUGGAAACGGAGCAGAAGGAGAAGAAGGAGGAAUCCAAGUCCAUGGGAUGGGGCAUGUUCUUUGCAUACUUCGCUUGUGGAGCGGGUACUGUCUCCUUUCUCUACUACUUCUACAAGGCAAAAUAUAGCUUUCAUCAGACCGAGAUUCUCAUCGUGGAUGCUUUCCGGCGACUCCCGCUCUACUGGCCCCCAACGCCGCGGGAUGGUGAGAUGAACUCCAGAACGGACGCAAAAGGCCUGCCAGAGGACAUCAAACUCGCCUUUUGCGAAUGGUUUGUUGUGACCGAUUUAGAAGAGCCCAAAGGUGUCUCUCGUGACGAUGUACUGGAGCUCAUCAGCGAGCUUGGUUACAGCGAGAAGGCAGACUUCCUCUACCGAGGUGAGGGCCAUAUCGAGGACUGGGGAGCGCUCCUGGAGUCGCUGACGCUUCUUUGUGCUUUGCGCGCAGAUGCGGAGACGAAGUUGGCCAAACCACAGGAGCCCAAAGAGGGCGAAGAUCCAAUGCCCCAGCCCAAGUCUGAUGCUGAAGCACUGGAGAUUCUCAAGAGAAAAUUCAGGCGCGCGGCCUCAGUGCUCAACAGUCAGGGUGCCGAACAGCUGCGGGCUUGGCAAGCGACGGCAGGCCGACGGGUCGGUGGCGCAGAGGGAGGGAAUGGUCUGCCCGCGGAGGGCAGAAAGGUGAAAGAAUGGCUACUGGAGGCCGGUCUUCAGAUCGACCUGGAUGGCCUUGGUGCCAAGGUCAUUGGCCGGUCGCCCUUCCUGGUGGUCAGUGCCGAGCGUUCUGCCUUGGAGCUGGAGGCCGAACGCUUGGGAUAUAUCAAGCCGCACCGGGCACUGCGACCGUCCGGGCUCCCCAGCGGCGCCGAUCCGGACGUGACGGUUGAGGGCGAGGGAGAGACCAAGAAAGAGAGGCAUGUGAAAGAUCAAGACUAUGGAAAGAUCGAAUUUGAGCCCGUGCCUGAGUUGCUGCCCAGGACCAGCUACAUCGGCUACGAGGAGCAUGACUUCUGGUUGCCCUGUGAGCGAGUGCAGCUGCUUCGGCAUCGGAUUGAAGAGGUGCCAGCGCCCAAGGAGCAGAUGAAGCAGUUGAAGGUGCUGGAGAAAGGGGGGAAGGCAUGGCUCCAGGUGCGGCACAGCACGGCGUUGGCCGUCUCCGAUCGACUUCUGCCUGCUUUGAAGAUUGCUGGUUUGGUGGAUCCUGGAGAUGCACUGGGAAAGAAGGGCGAUCAGCAACAAAUUGGCAAUGUCAGCAUCUCCUCCAGCAGACUGGAGAAGUUCAUGAAAGCUGAGAUUGACUACUUCGCACAAAAGGCUCCCCAGCCCGUGCAACUGGAUCAGAUCAUCAAGGCCUCGACGCCUUCGGAGGUCGCCAGUUUGAUCCACAACAACCUCCCCGUGCACUUCGCCACGCGCAUCAAGCACUUGGAGGUGUUACCUCGCUGGUCCCAGGUGCCGGAAAUCCAGGAUGUGCAUCGGAUCCUCUCAGACUCCUUUCGAAACCUCCGCUUGGCGGAGCAGGGGCCGGACCUCAAGGAGGUCACGGAGGUGAUUGCGGACCUGCGAAGAAGGCACAAGAAGGUGGUGCCCCUCUUGGGAGAGGCCAUUGCGCAGCUCAGACACGAUGAUCUCAUUGAUGAGAGUUUUGCCAACAAGUGGCUUGAUACCUUUUUGCUUGCACGAAUCAGCACCGAGAUGUUGACCCUGCAUUUCAUGGAGAUGCAGGAGUGCUACGUGGAGCACCGUGGUGGGGACACCUCGGUCUGCACGGGCAUCGUGGACCGGAAAUGCGACCCGGUGGCCAUCUGCGAACGGGCCGUGGACAACGUGAAAGGCUUGAGAUGUGACGAUAGCUUGGGCGAGUACGGAGAAGUUGAUUUCGUGGUCGAGAACAAUCCCUGUACUGCUUCGCAAGGCAAGAUCGAAUUCUCCUUCUUGCCUCGUUACUUGCUGCUUUUGAUGGAAGAGCUGCUGAAAAACAGCGCCUACGCGACGUUGCUCACCCGCGGAGAUGACCCCCGUGGGCUUCAGCACUUCCCGGUGACGAUCACGCUGGGCUCCAACAACCAGCAGGUGGUGAUCAAGAUCAGCGACCGUGGCGGCGGAGUGUCGGAGGUCUCGGCGGACAAGCUGUGGUCCUACAGUUGGUCUCGCCGCCUUGGCAGCUUCGCCAAGCCCAUGACGCCGCUGGCUUCGUUCGACGACCCUUUGGAGGGCCUGAAGCAGCAGCGGCUGGGCCUGGGGCUGCCACUCUGCCGGCUCUACACCAAGUAUUUGGGUGGAUCCCUGCAGCUGAUGUCCGUCCCAGGCGUAGGUCUCAUGGGUCUCAUGGGACUGGGAGCCGUCGAAAUGAGUUCCAAGAGGUCUGGGCCUUCCAUGGCCUUGGUCCGGGGUCGCCAGGACCAUGACAACCAAAUUGCUAAGCGAGGAAAAGAGUCCGCGUCCAUGGCGCCGAAGAAGCCUGCGCCGCCCAAGCCGCCCAAGCCCGCGGACCGCGCCCAAGCGGCCAGCGAUGCCAAGGCGAAGGCACAGGCCUUAUCUCCGGCGCAGCUGGAAAACUUGAAGAAGAAAUACGACAAGAACGCAAAUGCAAGUUUGGACUUUAACGAGUUCAGCCAGCUUUGCCGUGAAAUUGCCUCCUUGCAGAAGAAGGAUUUGCCUAGCGAAGAGGACUUGGAAGACAUUUUCGAUGAGUUUGACAAGGAUGACAGUGAUCAAUUGAGCAUGCAAGAGUUCAAUUGGGCUUAUGCUGCUUUGCAGAAGAAGAUACAGGAAGCUCCCGCGACGAAGGUCAAGGGAAAAGCGCCGCCACCGCCGCCUCCCAAGAAGGCCAAAGCCCAGGGCCGGGCUGCAACCGCAGGCACGGCGAACUUGUCGGAGGCGCAGUUGACGCAGCUGCGGGAAAGGUAUGAUACGAACCAAGACAAGAGGCUGUCUGAGGAGGAGUUUGACGGAAUGGCACGUGAAAUUGCAGAAAUGACGGGUCAGAAGUUACCCUCCGAUGCAAGCUUGAAGGAUGUCUUCAAAAUGUUUGACAAGGAUGGCAGUGGGACCAUGAGCAUGGAAGAGUUCAACUGGGCGUAUGCCACCUUGCAACAGGAGGUCGAGGAGGCCGCAGCAUUGAAGAUUCAGGCGAGAGUUCGAGGAAACCAGGAGCGUGAGAAGGUGCAAGUCAUCAAGAUGACGCAACACGGACAUCCCCCACCACCGAAGGGUGUAGCUGCAGCCAAGUCCAAAGCAAAACAGGCAGCAGAACAGAGUGGAACAGCAGGGCUGACUGAAGCGCAAAUGAUGGCUCUCAGGGAGAAGUUUGACCUGGAUGGAGAUCAGAUGCUCACGCUAUCAGAGUUCAAGGGACUGGCACGGCAAGUGGCCCAAAUGCAAGGACACCCUGCUCCCAGCUAUUCGGUUCUUGAAGACAUUUUUGAUGAGUUUGACACUGAUUUCACCGGGAAGAUGGGCGGGGAGGAAUUCAAUUGGGCAUAUGCUACUUUGCAGCUGAAGCUGAAGGAAGAAGCCACCAAGGAGGCGUCCAGAAUCGUGAAGCUCAGUAUCGACAGGGCGUCAGGGCGAAAGCUAGGCCUUUCACUGGAUGAAAAGACCUUGGAGGUCAAAGAUGUGAAGUCCGACGGUUUGGUCGCUGAGUGGAACUAUGCCAAUCCCACCAGAGCUUUACAGAUAGGACACAAGAUUAAGAAGGUGAAUGGUAAGCCUGGGCUAGCUGGCUACAGCGAAGAGUUGAUGAAUAGCAGCGUGCCAGUGUUGAAGAUUGAGGCGGUGCCCAGUUCGCACAUGCAGAAGCCCCCAAGAUUCUAUACGAUUCGACUGGAUAGAUCUUCCGGUGGCAAACUUGGAAUGCAACUUGAGCAACCUUCCUUAGAGAUUCAGAAUCUGGCUGUCGGUGGCUUGGCGUGCAAGUGGAACCAGGAGCACCCAAAAGAACGAAUCCGACCAGGUGAUUCCAUCGUGAGGGUGAAUGACAAGGAUGGCAUGGCUGGCUUUAAGGAGGUAAUGAUGAAUCCCAGUGUCUUGGUUUUGGACGUUCAGAUUGCCCCCUUAAGCCGCUAUCAUGAAGAAGACGAUGAGAUCACCAGUGAGUCUUCAGUUCUCACGGAUGAGGAGGAGGCCCUGGAGAGGUACAAAGUGAUAAUUCAAGCCAUGCAAGAGCUUUCGGAAGCUGAAAAGAAGAGGCGUGCCAAUGCCGAGAAACGAAGGCUGAAGGCCAUCAGAGAAGGAAAGGAUACCCUACGGAAGCUGGAAGCGAGCAGUGCGGACUUCUAUCGUCAGAUGGCUUCUGCCACUUUGCCGGAAGAUCUCACUGUACAGGCCGAAGAGGAACGAAGACGACGCUUGGCAAUUGAGGAAUCUCGAAGACAAGAGGAGCGACCUGCCAGUUCGCUACUUCCCAAGAUGCCCAGCUACGACUUGGACGAUGCAUCAAGCACGCCUUCGGGCCGUUCCACCUUUGCUUGCCCUUGUUGUGGCCGGCUGUUUCAUGUGUUUAUGGAGGGAGGCCGCUACCAUGCGGUGGUGGCUCAUGGGGUGGAACUGCAUGGUCAAAACCUGGCGCUUCUUCCAUCACCAGGGCCACCAGCUGCGACUGGAGGACGCCUGGCCACGCCGGCUCAGGCCCUUGAGCCGCCUGCGUCUGCGGUGCAAAGCGUCCAGCCAAGCCCGACGUCUGGUGGCGGUGGAUUCUUCUGA